AUGGACUCCUCCAGCACCACCAGCAGCCACAGGCACUCGAGGUCGCGGGCGCCCAACUCGUCGUCCUCGGACGUGGGCGGCCACCGACCGCGCCGCGCCUCGUCCAUCGCCUCGUCCAGCACCUCCAGAAGCAGCAGGACGGUUCCCAAGACGUCCCGAGACGCAAUGAGCGAAUUCAUCCCGUGGCUCGGCAACAACGAGUCGCCAAAGACCCCCACCGACCCCGUGAAGGAGCUGCAGCACGUCAAGGACAAGGCCAAGAGGUUGGAGGAGAAGCUCGAGGCCAAGUCGGCAAAGCUCAGAGAGACCAGGCUCAUGGCCAAGGAGGAUAUCGCUGGGCUGGAGAAGAAGGCCGCCUCCCUUGAGAGGGUGCUGGCCGAGGCCACAAAGAGGGAGGAGGAGGCCAACUCCCAGGUCGCGUCCAUGCGAGAGAAGAGGGACGCGUUGAAGAAGGAGAAGGAGGCGCUCCGCAAGGAGCUGACAGAGGCCGACAGCAACAACCAGAAGCUGGAUGCGACCGCCGCUCGGCUGAAGAAGGAGAAGAAGGCGCUGGGCGAGGAGAAGAAGGUCGUGGCCGAUGAGCUGGAGGCGCUGCGCACGAAGCUGCCCGCGUCCAACAAGAAGCAGAAGCAGCUCGAGACCGACAAUGCCCGACUCAAGGAGGAGAUAACCGCCCUGAAGAAGACGAAUGCGGAGCUCACCAAGAAGAAUUCGUCGAUCCUCGCCGCCAUCAAGAAGAUGGAGGCCGAGAGGGACGCGGCCAUGGACAGCAGCAAGCAGACGUCGACCGAGCUCACCGAGCAAAAGCGAAACAACAAGGCCCUGCGCUCCGAGCUCCAGAAGCUGCAGCUGUACAAGGAGAAACUACAGCAGAGCGUCAGCCGACGCUGGCCCCACCAACGACUGUGGACGGGCAUGGUGCGGUUCUGCAUGGCGAUCUUCCCGGCGAAGACCAAGUAG